AUGAAUACUAAGUCUACUUCUCUUUAUAUAGGGAGUAAAUAACUGAAUCAAAAGAGAAUACGUUCUCCACUCAAGAAAUAAUCCAUGAUUUUUAAGUAGAAUUCAGAUGAAGAGGAUAAUCAAUCAGAAGAUGAAAAAAUGGAAGUUAUUAAUCUUAACUACUUUAAAGCGAAAAAGCAUCAAAAAAAGUUUAAUUUGCAAUAAAUGCUACAGUAAGGCAAAUUGGCUGAGGAUGAAGUAGAUCAUAAUCCUCAUUUCCCAAGUCCAACGAUUAAUACAAAGUUAAUACAUAAUAUAUUCUAAAUUUAUCAUUCGGAUAGGAAGGAAACCUUUAUUGAAGACAAAGUACAUGGGACUGCUGAAAAAAUAUCAAAACAAACUAAUUAAAAACUAGUCAAUCAAAUCUUAUUCAAUAAAAUGAGAUAGAAGAGAGUUGUCUCAUAACAUGAAUUAAGUAAUUCAACCUCAAAUGUACUGCAAAGCUUCAAGAAUCUCUCAUCAAUGUUCAAAAGUGUUAAUUAAAUUGUUGAUUAUCAUGCUGUUGCCAAUCAAAUCAGGUAAUCUCAAGCAUAGAUCACAAUCAACAGAGAAGAACAUAAAAAUUUGGAAAGACAAUAAUUCAAUUUCAAUUACAUUAUAGAGGGCAGAUUAAACUAAAUUAAAUUACACAGCCAAGAAAUUUAUUAGUAUCAAAUGAGUUUGCAAAAAUUGAGAUUGGAGAAUUGCAAAUUAAGAGAUCAUGUCUCAAGAUUAGGUGAAGAAAUUGAUUAAAUCAAAUCAAAAUAUAAUAAAUAAAGACAAUUAGCAUUACACUAGGAAGAUAAACUUCACCCUACUAAAAAAUGGGAUAGACAAUAAUACUUUUAGACCAUUGAUUAAAAUGAAUAAAUGGAGUUAGCUAGAAUCAAAACAUUUUACAUGGAAUAUUAAUAACAAUUGCAAUUCAAUCAAAGCUAAUUAAAAAGAGAAGAAGAAAUCUUACAAGAUAUUAAAUAUACUAAGAAAUAAAUCAAAUAAGAUUUAGCAGAGUUCUUAAAAUAAGUAUUGCAGAGUGAAGAAAUUUAGUAACUUAUAUACUUAUAAUACAUAGAAUAUCAGGAUCUAUCAUAAUCAUUUGUGACAUAAGCUGAUUUUCCAUGUUAUCUAGAUAAUCAAUCUAGGAUCUUUCUUAUAUCUAAGGCUAAAUUAGAAAUUAAUAAUGAUUAUUUGAAAUUGCAAAUUAAAGAAAACUAAAUCAAAUAAUAAUAGUAAUAAUUGGGCAACCGAGUUAAUUAUGAGAAAAAACUAUUUUAAGUCAUGAAUUCUAUUUCUAACAUGAAAAAAUAAAAAUACACUUUAAAAUCAUUUGAAUUACAAUAGCAAAGUGACUCUAAAUAAGAUAAUCUCAGUUAAAAGCUGUCUAAUCAAUCACUCUAAAUAAAUAAUUUGGAUAAUUAAAUCAUUGAAUUAGAAGAAUAAGAAAUCUAAAGGCUUUAGAUACUUUAUCAAGGAAAAUAAUUACCUAAUAGUUCUUUAUAAAAACUCAUCAAAACUGUCUAAGCUGAGUUUGGUUAUAAAUAGAUGAAUUAAAAGUUAAGUAUAAUAAUUCAGAAUUAUGACACAAUUAAGAGUCAAGUUAACAAAUCCAUUAAGUGA